CCUGAAACCUCCUAACCUGGUUGACUUGUUGGAGUGCAUUUCAUGCAUUCUUAGCAGAUAGGCUGAAGGAAACGCCUUGUUCACGCGCAGCUGGAGGCUAAAAAGUGUGUGAGGAGUUCAUGAACGUGGCUUGUCUCCUGCUGCAGUCGCUGCAGAGCACACAGAGCCUGCCGGGCCCCGGGAAGGAUCCCAAACCUGCUGGACACACCAUGACCAUCCCGCACCCGAAACAUCUCCCUGGUGUGACACCGCUCCUGACAGUGAGUUAAGGUGAAGCAACGAGUUACUCUCAGAAGUCUUUUUGUUGUGGAGGUCUGUGCUGACAGUGAUCAAGGAGUGAUUGGUUUGUAAAAAUGGAAGAAACAAGGAAGCUCUCUCCAAAGCCAUGUAAAAGCAAAGAAGCUGUGAAAACAGAGUGGGGAUCUCAGAGUGUUGUGUUUACCUAUUUCCAAGGGGAUAUUAACAGUGUGGUAGAUGAACAUUUUUCCAGAGCUCUCAGCAAUGCCAAGAACCCACAAGACCUGAGCACAAAGCACAAGGGUGACAAUGUUGUCCUGAAGAAUGCAGAUAGCAUGUCUCCCCAUCAGUGGAAUUUCUCAUCACAUUGCUACAAACCGUAUCCGUCAUCUUCCGCCACGAGCAUGUCAAAUUCCGGCCUGAAUUUUCCUGCUGCCGGUAUGGGAGGCCAAUACCAGCCAUCGGCUCUGCGCAGUCACCCAACUCAACCCGCAGAUCUGUGGCCCUUCCCUUCCAUUGGGUCUCCCGGCGUCACCAGUUCCGUGUAUCAUCCUGCCCUGCCCAACCUGCACGUGGUGGAUGAACCCAUCUCUGACAGGAAAUACGGUUCUCUCCUUGGCCUCCUGCAACAGGAAAGGUGCCUGACAUCCAUGCAAGAAUGUACCGUGAAGCAACACUCGAGUUCUGCUUGUAUGACUGGACCUGCUAGGUUACAAAAUAUGAGUCAAAGUUCAGCUCCUGGGGGAGAGAGGAAAGGAAGUUCUUACCAAGACUCAGAAAAUCCCAGCGUAAGCCAUGCCACUGCAGGUAUUCAGAUUCAUGACAGAAGACAAGACUUGUACUUUUAGCAAAUGGAUGUUUCUACUUUAUUCUGAAAGAGAAAGUUCUUUCUGUGAACUUUUAUUAUUUGCAACUGUGAAUCAAGAAGAAAUGAAUUGCAGCUAUCCUGUGCUUUUUCUCUCAGCUGGAAGAAUACAUGUACUAUUUACUAUUUGGGGAAUGAAAAAAUCAUCUUUUUCUAUACAGUAAAUAAUUUCUAAUAGCUGUGGUAUUAAACCUGACGGUAUGUUCGUUGUGAAGAAAUAUUGUCUACUUAAGGCUUUUCAUGUAGCCCUCUUCAGAGGACUCUUCGCAUUUUUUAAUCUUUCUGUGUUUAUUCAUUUGCCCUCUCUUGAUAAGAAGCACAAUUAUUAUCAAUGCAGUUGAUAAGUGCAGGGCUGCAGUUUGCAUAAAUUCGAUGCUGCAGCUUCUUAGCUUGACUUGAUACCUCCAGAUUGUUUAAAAUAGUCUUAGGUCCUGGGCAAGAGACUUCAAGACAACCACGGGUCAGCAAAGCACGUAAUUGUGUUUAUGUUUUGAAAGCACAGCAAUUUGUAACCGUACUUGCAAUUCCCAUGGAUAUUCUUUGGAAACUAUAUAAUAUGCUUAUGUCUGAAGGCUCUGGUUUGCCCUCUCAGUGUUGUAUAAUCAUCCUCUAGAAAGCAGUGAAUUCACGUUGGCUCUGAGAGGCAACCUGGAUCCUCAUUGGGUGCAAUUAAAAUACCAUUGAGCAAAAAGCUGGAGGUAGGAAUGCUCUAUUUUCCCAGCCUCUCUGCACGUGUAAAAGGUUCUUUUUCUAAAUAAACUCAGUGGAGUUGAAUUUUGAAUUACCGAGCAUGAAGGACUGGGCCAGCUGAAGAAACAGGAGUCAAACCCUUUGUGGUGGCUGCAUCCCCCAGACCUCAGAGCAGCUGAACAGAGAGUCUUGAUGCUCCUCUGUGCAGCACAAGUGGCAGAUUGAACUGCGCAUCAAGACUG